UUCGAAUUUUCUAGUGAAGAAGACUAGAACCACAUUUUUAUGUUAUAUCUACAUUAUUUAUUACGUUUCAGGACCUUUUUUAAUGGCGGACAUAGCAGGGGCAAUCUUCAGUGCAUUGAGUUGCAUUUGUGGCACUCCAACCUGCAACUGUAUGGAUCAAUAUAGAAAUUUUAAUGAUGAUGUGGGUGAGCUGAGAAGAAAAUUGGACAGUCUAACUAGCCAGAAACAAGAUAUAGAAUCAAGAAUACAAGUGGCAGAGGCUCGCGGGGGACAAAUGGUUAGACGACAAGUGCAAGAAUGGCUUAAGCAAGUACAAGACAUCAAUGUUGAUGUGCAAGCAUUUUUAGACAAGGUACAGGGAGUCAAGUGGUACAAGCGUGCCUGUCUUGACAAACUUGUUUGCAGAAAAAUUAAUGUGGUGAAGGAAAUGCUUGAAAAAGGUAGUUUUCCUGAAGGCCUUGUUACUGAGAGAGCUCCAGCUCAUGGAAACAUUAUUUCAACAGAGAAUUUAGUGGGAGAAAUUUCUACUAAAGAGGAAAUUUGGGGGUACUUGAUGGGUGACGAGUUUGGAAUGAUUGGAGUUUGUGGGAUUGGUGGAGUUGGAAAGACGACGAUCAUGAAGAAUCUCCACAAUGAUUUAAAAAGGGAGACUAGAUUUGAAAAAGUGAUCUGGGUUACUGUAUCUCAUCCUCUCAAUAUUUUUGAAUUACAAAAGAAGAUUGCUGAUGCUAUGGGCGAAAGACUUCUAGAGCAUGAAGAGGUGAUGAUGCGAGCAGCAGCACUAAUGGAAAUAAUGAGAAGAGUGAGAUUUGUGCUAAUAUUAGAUGAUGUAUGGGAAAGGUUCUCUCUCAGGGAUGUUAGACUUCCAGAACCGACAGUGCAAAAUGGGUGCAAAGUAAUUAUCACUAGUAGAUCGGUAGAAGUAUGCAGUUAUUUAGAUUGUAAGAUUGUUAAAGUGCAGCCUCUUUCACAAAAGGAGUCUUUAACUCUAUUCCUCAAUAAAGUUGGACAUGAUGUUUUACAAAUUUCCGGGUUGGAAAAAAUCUUGAAGCUUAUUGUGAAUGAGUGUGCUGGUUUGCCCCUCGCUAUUGUUGUGAUAGCAGGAAGCAUGAAAGGAGUGGAUGAUAUUAAGUUGUGGAGAAAUGCCUUGACAGAGUUACAAGAAGGUGUUAAGAGUGUGAAAGGUUCGGAUGAUGAGAUAUUUGUGCGGUUAAGAUUUAGUUUUGACCGUCUACAAAGUUUGAAAAUCCAAAAAUGUUUUCUGUAUUGCUCCUUGUUCCCAGAAGAUUUUGAGUUUCCUAGAAAGAAGUUGAUAGAAGAUUGGAUUGAUGAAGGACUGAUUGAUGAGUUUGGAAGUAGACAAGCUGCUUAUGAUAGUGGCCAUGCUAUUUUAGAUAGUCUUCAACAAAAUUUCUUGUUAGAGGAAUGUGUUGGAAGUGAUAGAGUUAAGAUGCAUGAUGUUGUGAGAGACAUGGCUAUCAAAAGCAUUGGUCCUGAAUUUGGAUAUAUGGUAAAAGCUGGUAUGAAAUUGACAAAGGUACCAGAUGAGCGUAGAUGGGGAAAUGAUCUUAAGAAGGUAUCUCUAAUGGUGGAUGACAUUUUAAAAAUUCCCGUUGGUUUGUCUCUGAAGUGUCCAUUGCUAUCAACUUUGACAUUAUCAAAGAAUCCUAAUUUGUCAGAAAUUCCAAGUUCCUUUUUUGAAGAUAUGGUCGGACUUAAGGUUCUUGAUCUUUCUUGGACUGGUAUUGAAGCUUUACCUGAUUCCAUCUCUAACUUGUCGAAUCUCUCUGCACUGCGGUUGAGGUAUUGUUGGAGGUUAAUGUACUUGCCUUCCUUAGCAGAGCUUAGGGUAUUGAAGAAGUUGGAUCUGCAUGGGGCAAGGAUUGAGGUGGUCCCUCGAGGCUUGGAGUUGUUGGUAAGUCUUGAAUAUCUUGAUUUAUUUUGUCGAAGUCUAAAAGAGAUCCCAAUGGGAAUAUUACCUAAACUUUCCAGUCUCCAGUACUUGGUUGUAUAUCUAAGUAGCGAAAUUACUACAAGGAUGAAUUUAGAAAAGGUUGAUAGAUUGAGCAAGUUGGAAAGUUUGACAUGUAGAAUGGAGGGCAUACAAGACUUCCACUAUCUUGUCAAUAAGUCUAAAGAUUUUGAAAGUCUUACGGCUUAUGAUCUUCAACUGACGCCAGAUAAACGAGACUUCGCAGAAUAUGGAUUUAAUGAUGAAUAUCAACGUAGGGUUUUAAUUUUUGAGUGUGAGAUCGGAGAAGAAUGUAUGGUGCUUCCAGAUAAGCUUGAGAAUUUGUGGAUCAAUGACUGUACAAACAUGAAAAACAUGAGAUGCAGCUUUAACAAAACAAUUUUGUUAGAAAAUGCAACCGAGUUGAGAAGGUGUUCUAUUCAAGAUUUUAAAGGGAUAGAGUGCAUGGUUGAGUUGGACUCAUCCUCCCUCUCUUUGUGUUGUUCAGUACUAGAUAAGCUUGAAGAGUUGAAGCUUCAGGGCUUGCCUAACUUGAGUGUACUUGUGAAAGUGGAAGGAGUAGCAACACCACUGCACAUCUUUUCCAAUCUUAAAAUUCUUAUAAUAGGCAAUUGCUCCGGAAUGAGGAAGUUGUUUCCACUUGAGCUGCUACAGUCCCUUCAAAACUUAGAGGAGAUUCGUGUUGACCACUGCAAACAAAUGGAGGAGAUAAUAGCAUCAUCAGAUUCAGAUGAUACGUCAUCGGAUAAAUUCAUUUUUCCCAAGUUAAAGGAAUUGAAAUUGUCACACUUAGACCAAUUGAAGAGCAUCUGCAGUGCCAAAGGAGUUCUGGUUUGUGAUUCUAUUGAAGUUAUUCAAAUAAUUAAAUGUCCGAAGUUAAGGAGGACCCCUUUACAGCUUCCUCUCCUUGAUAAUGACCAGCCAUCUCCUCCUCCUUGUCUCAGAAAAAUCGAGAUAGAUGAUGAGUCAAAAGAAUGGUGGGAAUCAGUGGUUGAGUUGGAUCAUCCUAACGCUAAGAACAUCCUCCAACCUUUCUUGAAAUUUCGUCCAUGGUGGAUGAUCUUUUCUCAAGCAAAGGCAACUUCUCUCGUCGGAACAGUAAAGCAAAAGAAAAUAGGACUGGACUCAUCCACUGCCAGUAGUUUUUGAUUUCAUUGACAAUAAUGUUAGAUUUUUCUUUUUUUUACCAAUUUAUGUCUUUUUUUAAUUGUAUUGGAUGAACUUGGUUUUGUUUCUUUUGGUAAUUUGCUUGUGUUGUAAGUUGUUAAGCAUGUUAUGUUACGGGAUUUCUACUCUUGUUUCUGUGGUGCUUCAUUGCUUCAUAUACUCAAUCUGUUAUCAAUUUUGAAAUCUUAAAUUUUUGUAAUAUGUACCUUUCGUGUAUACUUUGCUGACUUGACCACUGGAGAACAUUUCGACAAAACUCCACUGCCUUUUUCCACUCUUGCAGGUUUUUUUUUUCUCCAUUUCAUUUACUUUUCUAUCAUUUGCAAUCCUUGAUUGUUUUAGUUACUAAAAUGGAAACAACUUU